UUCUUCUUCUUCUUCCGUUUCUCGCUUCUCUGGGUAUAAUCUCUCUAGAAAAAUCGAAUCUUGCAGCAAACUGAAACGGUCAAAUAAGAAAGUAAUGACAACUCUAAACUAGAGUUGGAUUCUCCAUCAGAAUCUGUAUUUUCUACUCAUAUUGAGACAGGUGAGAUAUAAUAGGUUCUGUCUGAAGAUUUCUCUGUUUUAAAGAGACAAUGGAGUGCAACAAGGACGAAGCCAUAAGGGCAAUGGACAUCGCCAAGAGGAAAGUCACAGAAAACGACUACAGCGGAGCGAAAACGUUCGCCGUCAAGGCUCAGAAUCUGUACCCGCAGCUCGACGGUUUGAAGCAAGUGUUGAUGCUGAUCGAUGUGUAUAUCUCGGCAGGUAACAAGAUUAAUGGAGGGGAGGAGCCUGAUUGGUACGGAGUUCUUGGUGUGGAUCCGUUGGCUGAUGAUGGGGUUGUGAAGAAACAGUACAGGAAGCUGGCGCUUCUGCUUCAUCCUGAUAAGAACAAGUGCGAAGGCGCGGAAGGUGCUUUUAAGUUGAUUCUGGAAGCUUGGUCUCUGCUGUCUGAUAAGGUUAAGCGGAUUGCUUAUGAUCAGAAGAGGAGGGUGGUGGUGAUGAAAGAGGUUAAACCGAGAAAGAGUCGGAAGCAGAAACAGGAACCUAAGGAGUCGAAGCAGCCAACAAAGAAGAAGCCACCAAAGGAGCCGAAACAACCUGCUGCAAAGAAGCAGCCACCAAAGCAGCCCAAACAACCAGCAAAGAAGCAGAAGCAACCACCCAAGCAGCAAGAGCAACCAGGAAAUCAGCAAGAGCAACCAACAAACCAGCAAGAGCAGCCAACAAACCAGCAGGAGCAACCACCAAAGCAGCAGAGGCAACCAUCAUACCAGCAGGAGCAGCCACCAAAGCAGCAGAGGCAACCAUCAUACCAGCAGAAGCAACCACCGAAGCAGCAAGAGCAGCCAACAAACCAGCAAGAGCAACCAGCAUACCAGCCGGAGCAACCACCAAAGCAGCAUGAGCAACCAGCAUACCAGCAGGAGCCAACAAACCAGCAGGAGCAACCAGCAUACCAGCCGAAGCAACCACCAUACCAGCCGGAACAACCACCAAAGCAGCAGGAGGAACCACCAAAGCAGCCCAAGCAACCACCAAAUCAGCAGGAGCCAACAAACCAGCAGAAACAACCAGCAAACCAGCCUGAGCAACCAGCAAACCGGCAGGAGCAACAAGCAAACCAGCAGAAGCAACCAGCAUACGAGCCGGAGCAACCACCAAAGCAGCAUGAGCAACCAGCAAAUCAGCAGAAGCAGCAACCACCAUCGAACCCGCAGAAGCAGCAACCACCACCAAACCAGAAGAGACAACAACCGAGCCCACAGAAACCAAGCCAGCCAAGUUCAAGGGCAUCUCGAAACGGUAGAGGUAGAAGCAACAAGCCCACUCCAAAAGUCAGUACCUUUUGGACAGUGUGCAACAUAUGCGAGACACAACAGGAGUAUAUAAGGGUUUACUAUCUUAACAAGAAAGUGAAAUGUACAAGUUGCAAUGUGUCUUUUAAGGCAGCUGAGAUUGAGAACACGAAUGGUGCAUCUCGUGGGAGAGAUUCUUUAUCAAGAAACCCCAGUUCAAACAUGGCAAAUCAAACAGAAGAAAGAGUAGUGGUUGAGAAGAGAGAAGACAAGGAUGAAGAAGCUGCUAGAGAGAAUGCAAACUCUGAUUUCAAAGUAGAAGAAAGGGCUCGUAAGAAGCUGAAGACAGAUGGGUCUUGCAGAGGCAAAUAGUGGGUAAAUCAAAGGUGGUUAUAUAUAUGAGUUCAACUUGAACAUGAAAUGACAUCCUAUCUCUUAUGGCUAUUAUAUAUAUAUAUGAAUGUUUUGCAUCUAAACUAGGAAAAGUACACUGGAACAAGGGAAGUUCUUCUUCUAACAUCUUUAAUGUGAACUGUCCAAACCUUUUUGUUUUGUUUGUUAAAAAAGUGUGCUUUGUACAAAUUGGGACAUAACAAAGUCAUUG